UCUACACCACCGCUAGGUGGCGCUUGAGUGCUGUCGUGUCAAGUAUGGCUGCUCCCGCAGAAAGCAUGACCGAGGAGAGUCCGACUGAAGAUGUCCCUCCCGAGAAAACUUUCACAGUAGAAGUUUUACAGUUAGUGAAAGAAGCCCAACAGCAACAUGGCAUGAGGCAUGGAGAUUUCCAGAGAUACAGGAGUUACUGCUCUAGAAGAAUUCGACGAAUUAGAAAAUCUUUGCAUUUUCCUCAGGGAAGCAAACACAAAGUUCAGCCAAAGAAAAUCACAGUAGAAAAGCUGACUGAUGUUAGGUACCUACAUUUACCUUUAUUCUGUGCGGAGAGGGCCUGGUAUUACGCCAUGCAGCUGAAGUCCGAGGCCAACACAGAGCCCCGCAAAAAAUUCCACAUGUUAGCUCGGAUCAAGAAGGCUCUGAUGUACGCUGAGGAAUUUGCUACUCUGUGUGCCAGUCCAAAAUGUGACGCGAGGACCAAGCUGGAGAGCCAGGCAUAUUUAUCACUGUUAAAAGGAGGGUUGUAUUUUGAACAAGAAGACUGGAAGGCAGCAAUGGAGUUCUACACAAAAGCAAAGACCAUUUAUGAGAAGCUGGGCAGUGCGUUUACAGAGGAUAUCCAGCAGUUAUAUUUACAACAGGUGGAGGAAAUCACCCCCAAUCUACGUUAUUGUGCGUAUAACAUAGGGGACCAGUCAGCUAUAGACGAGCUCAAGGAACUCAGAAGGAAGGGUGGAGAGGAUCAACUCACAUCUCAUCUCGAUGAUCUGCUCUCUCAAACGAGAGAGAAACAGACAGCCACACUGUCAGAGGUCAAGUGGCAAGGUCGUACGGUGCCGGUGAAGAAUGAACCAGUGAGGAUAUUUCUGUUGAAUCUGCAGGACAGCACCAAAGAGAUAGCAUCAGCUGAAGGUGUUGAUAGCAAAAUAUCGAUCUAUGAAAGUGUCCUAAAGCAGUGUAUUGAUGCACAACAGGUGUUACGGGACAGUCUGCAGGAUGAUCAGAAUUUUAAAUUGGCCAUUAGAGGACAAGAAAUAGAUGGCAAAGUAUCCAAUCAGCACUAUCUCCAUACGUACCUGACCUUCAUAAGACUGAGUAAAACAAUAGAACGUAACCUGCUACUGAUAGAACAAUUAAAGGACUACCUCCCAGGCAAGAAAGUGGAGGAGGGACACAAGAUCACAAAGCCCCAGGAUUUAGUCCGGCUCUAUGACAUCAUCAUACAGAAUUUGAAUGAGAUCCCCAAUUUGACGGGGGUGGAGGGAGAUACCAGUCUCUCUGAGGAAACCGCUGUCAGGGUGCAGGGAUACAAAGCAUUUAGGUCCUAUUACAUUGCCCAGUCCUAUCUGGGAGCCAAAAAGUGGAAGGAGGCAAUAUCUUUGUAUGAAAGAGUUCUACAGAAUGCAAGGAAUGCCUUAAAAGGUUACAAGUCACUACCCAAAGUUCAACAGACUCAGUUCAAGAUGGAAGUAAAUAAUUUAGAAGAGUUGGUUCGCCAUGUUGACGGGGAGAAAUAUUCUUGUCAUGCGUCUAGUGUUCUGGACAUCAAUGAUGUGACGGAUCAGAUGGGAGCCAUGACAGUCAAUCCCAAACAGCCCCUGAUGGAUCGCCUGGAGGACUACGCUGACGACUCGUCGCUGACCAGUAAGAAGCCUAACCUGGUGUCCUUCCCACCUGACUUUGAAUCCAUUCCCUGUAGACCAUUGUUCUUUGAUUUAGCUCUGAACCAUAUAGACUUACCCUCUCUAGACAAACAUUUAGAACAGAAGGCUGCCGCUAACCCACGAGGUCUGACUGGAUUCGUCAAAGGAUGGCUCUGGGGAGGAUCCAAAUAGUCGUUUUUUGAGAAAUUUACAAUGUUUUUUACCCUUUAUAUUGUUAUGGGGAGGUAACUCUGUCAGCUGUGUUCAUUUGUACAUUAUGUAACUCGAAUGAAAUGUUAAUCGUGGCAUAGCCUUCUCUUUAUUCAACAACAAUAUUUCAAGUUAACUUAUGAAAGAAAAAUAGUCAAGUGAAAUCUGAAUGGUAUAGAAAUUGUACUAUAAUUACUACAGAAUGACUUGUACAUGUAAUUAAUUUGUUUUAAGUGCAAUUUUAUUCACUAGAGCAAUAGUGUUGUUAAUACUUAGUAAGUUUUCUAUAUCAUGAAAAAGUGCUGUUGUACUUUUUAAUUAAUAUUUAUUAAUUCUAAUUUACCAUCUCUUGGAAGCUGAGGAUAAUUGAUUUGUGGAAUAAAGAUGCAUGUAAUUCAAUUUACAAAUGUGUUUUGAUGAACUGAAGCAAAAUUCUUGUCCUACUGAAUGCUAAUGAAAUGUGUGUUUAUAAUAUUCUAUCAGUUGUGAGUGAGACAAAGGCAUCCAUGUCACAAAGUGUUGUGAGGUAUUUUAAUACCCAUUUAUGCCCUGCAAUAUAAAAAGGGAUGCAUUUAGCUUUGAAAGUACAGAUUAUAAUAAUGUCUUUUAAAACCAACAUUGUACUUAAAUUGUUUAUGAAGUGCAUGAAACAAACAUCAGAUAGAUUAUACGAUUGAAUGCUGUCAGAUUAUGGAAUUAUGAAGAGAAAACUUUAAAUAUACAUUUUAUAAGGGUGCAAGUGAACUGAGACUUCCAGGAUUUCAAUCUGUGUGAAACGUGUCAAUUCUUACAUCUGCUAUCUUAUAGGUGGGAGUUGUGGGGUUGGAGGUUUGUAGUUUAUAUAGUGAAUAAAAAUACUUUGUUAUACCCUUAUAAA